CGCGUUCGCGCUCUUUGAAACUGAAGAGUGAACAAGCUAAGCUAAUGUUUUUUUUUAGUUACUCACUUGAUAACCAGACUGGAAAACGAGUCAGUUAAGAGCUGAAUGUCUUUUCUUGCUCAUCAAAAAUGAAUUAUUACAAAGGAUCGCGACGAAGGAGCAGAAAGAGAAGGAACCACAGUAGCGAGACACUUGGUGAUGGUAACCCUAACACUUCGGAAACUUCUUUUGGAAAUGCUGUUCUAGAGGCAACUGAAUCAUCCAGAGAUGGACAAAUGCAGGAGAAAAGGCAGAAAAGCAGUGACAAUUCUGAGAUGAAACAAGCCAUAAAAACAAAAAGAAACAAAGCGCCAAGUCCUGGUAGGAAAGCACAAGAAGCUUCCAAAGUUCCUGGCCAAAGGGGGCAAAGUCAGGUCAACAAUAAAGCUAAUGACUUGAAAGAUCCUUUUCCACAAACUACCACAAGUGUAAAGAGGAAGAAACAAGUAACAAAAGCCCAUUCUGCACCUAUUUUCGAAUCUGAGGGUAGUUUGGCUGAUGCAGAAGAUUCAGAAACUAUGUAUUGUACUGAGAAACUCUCUGAGCUAACUGAUCGUGAAUUCUUACAACAGCAAAUCAGAAUACUGAAGAUGCCAUUCGAGUUGGAGAAGGACUGCCCCUCUUUAUCAAAGAUUAAAGAAAAAGAUGCAAAGCAUGUUCCUUUACAAGUUAUCAACAAUGCACUGAGAAAAGUCAAUCAUAAAACAGAGGAUGUCAUCAUGCAAAAUCUAAACAGACUUGCACAGAGAAAACUACUUGAAAAUUUAUCUGCUGUAAGACAAGAUUCAAGGAGUAGUUCUAUAUCAGACAAAGGGCUGAAAAGAUAUAAAGAAGUACAGGAAAGAGUGACCAACCUUGAAAAAGUUCACCAGGAAAUCCCAAACCAACAUGCUCAACACAAGGAUAUAGGUAAUUUUGUGUCACAGCUGGAAUCAGACAUUGAGAAAUUUGACAACAAAGAAUUGGUGGCAGAGAUAAGAAGAACUAAUAACUUACUAGGAAGUGCCAACUUGAAAAAUACAAGCAAGGACAGAGGGAUCAAAGAAAACGCAGAUUCUGGGCCUGACGUGAGUUUGACAGAUAAAGAUGAUCCCUGUAGUCAGGAGCAACUGGUUCAGAUACUUUUCAAAGAUUGAUGAUAUAUUUGUAAAUAAAAAAUAUUUCAUAUAAUGAGCUGUAUUGUUUGUUUUUAGUUUUUACCUAUGAUCUAUUGGAGAAUAGAUGCAUAAUUUCAAAAGAGAAGUAUAAUCCUUUGUCUCAUGACGUGGUCACUGCGGAUGUGGAUCGCAUUAUUAUAAGACAUCCUUUUUAAACACCAGAGCCUAAAUAAACCAAGAAAUAUUUCCAGAUUAUCGAAUUUUGAAUACUUCAAGUUGAAAAGUAAUAGGCCUGUCAAUGAAUGAAUUUUAGUCCUAGAAACCCAAAGGUUUGAUGGCAAGUUUUCCCCAUGUAUCUGCCACUGCUUCAUUCAUAUUUUUUCCUCAUUACCUUUCUGUUUGCAAAAGUAUUGGUAUUGGAGAGAGAAAUUUUUUGGUAACUCUAAGAGGAAAAGGUUGAUGCUGACUUUUACUUUGACUCAAGUGUUGGUGCAAGUCAACGUAAGGACUGAGAUGUGUAGAUUCACCAAAGUUUGGAAAUUGCUUAGAAAAAAUGUAUUACAAGUCACCUCCAUGAAUUGUCUCAAAGUACAGCUCAAGCC